CUGUUCAUGACCCGUUCGUUGUGAUCAUGGACCUCGAGGCCAACACGGAGUAUGAGAUGUCAGUCAUGUCGGUUCAGUAUGGCGAGCACAGUCCAUGGAGCAUGACACUUGCAGUCAAGACUAAAGAAGCAGCACCUGGGGGUCCACCGGAGGACGUUACCGUGACAGCAGUCUCAGGCAGCAACUAUGGCACUGCCAUCGUCACCUGGCAGCCACCAGCCAAGACUAAUGGUUUAAUUACAGGGUACCUGGUGUACUACACAGCGACAGAGGAUGCAGAGACGCAAGACUGGGUGAUGGAGGGGGUUGGGGGGGAUCGUCUGUCCGUCGUCAUCAAGGACCUGACCCCGGACACACGAUACUACAUCAAGGUGCAGGCACGAAACAGGAAGGGAUUUGGUCAGAUGUCAAAGGUCGUCAAGUACACUGUCUCUGAAACAGGAUGCACAGAACCAGGAUGUUCCCGUCCCACAAACCCUUGCAGGAAUAGUCCUUGUCCUCGGGGUACCACCUGUGUCACCAUGGAGACUGAUGAUGCCAGGUAUAUUUGUGUGUGCAGCGAUGGGAAGAUGCGCACAGACUGCACUAUGGAAGAUGGCCUGUUGUAGUAACCACCAGUCUAAUACAGGUCAGACUGUAUAGAUAAUGUGUUCAAAUUUGUGAAGCUGAAGGUUUUAUGUUGGCAUUUCAAGUAAAUGUUCUUGCAUGAAAUCGCAAGUAUCAGGGGACAUAACUCUAGUGAACUUAAACUCUACUAUUAGUUUGCUUGGUCAAUAAUAUUUGUUAUGUUUUUCAGAUAUCUUGAUGAACAAAUAUUUCAAAUUGAGGUUGUGUAAACAUUCCUACUAAGUCUUAGCCUGUCUGAAUAAUGAAAUGUUGGUAAUGUUCAAACAUGCCAGCACAAAGCUCUCAAUGAAUUGUAUAUUAAAUAUAUCAGUUUGUAAAAAAUGUUAGAUGUGACCAUUUAUAGAAUAAAUAUGCACAGAAUAUUUCUUAAAUGGCAACCAAACAAGUAAAACAUCUCUGUUGCGAAAGAAUAUUGUUAUUCAAAUCACUUUACCAAAAGAAAUUUUGUGCAGACUGAAAUAUUUUUUUCACAAUUUUUAAAAUAUUUUUUUAUAUGCCAUAACACAAAAUUGUCAUCCAUUAAGUGUUUGUGUCACAACCUUUAGUUUGUCAACACAUUGUCAACAAUUAAGGCAUGAACUCUACCUGAGAUACCCCUGCUGUUGAGAUAAUUGUCACACAUAGAUAUGUGGGUCAUAAUAAUCAUCGAUAUAUCUCUACUUAACAGGAUAUAUAGCUUUUAAAGGUGGUGACAUAGAAACUUAUUUUUAUAUUGUUUAUGUUACAUUCCAUUAUUUCAUUACCUGUACUGAUGAUAUAUGAUGAUAUACUGAUGAUAUAUGAAGAUAUAUUGAUAUAUGAUGAUAUACUGAUGAUAUUCUUAUGGUAUAUGAUGAUA